GGAGAACGAGAGCAAGAGAGCUGCAUUGGUCUAAUGGACACACUGCUGAGACACUAAGCAGCCCUCCACGAUCAGGCCCUCGGUCUGUUGGGCACUGAAUGUGCACACAACAUGAGCCCUGAAGGGCCUACACUCUAAAUAGACAUGGGUGGAAGAAAGGAGAGAGCAUCAUCCCCAUUUGACAGACAGGGAACUGGCACUGAGAGGGAUUAAGUGAUUUACCUAAGGUCACACAGCAGUCAUUAUCCAGGGAGCGGAUACACGGAGCCCUAUGGGGAGUUCUAAUGGGCCGAUUCAAUUUCAGCUGGAUGACGCCACUUAGCCAAGGCAUUAAGAGCUCCAGCUCCGGGAAGGCGAACGACAGAGGGAGCGAACAGGGGGUCGGAGCAAGCAAGCGAGCUUGUACUAAGGAGCAGCAAACCCCUCCCCUCUCACCCAUUCACAAGACGAGCGCGGCGGAGAGCUGCAUUCACAAAUCGCCAGCCGGCAGCCCCAGCCCCCCACUGCCCAGAGCCACCCCUCACCCACCGCCAGCAUCUACCUGACUAGCCCCCGCAGCCUUGCCCAGCUCACGCUGGCUCCCCGCACCGCCCAGCAGGCUGUAGCGGGAGGACGGGCCGGAUCUGGGCAGGGAACCUGGGCGUCCAGGCUGCUCGCUGUAGCGCGGGAUCUCACUAACCCUUAGCGGCGCACACAUAGCUCCCGAGCUUGGGUCAGCGCAGGGAAAGGCGGCAGGAGCGGGGCUUGCCCUGGCUCUGAGGAGGACCGAGAAGGAGUUUUCAUUCAGACUUUCUCCAGCGAGAGGCGGGCCGGGAGCGUGCGGGGCUCUGGCCCCAGCUGGGAAAGUGCCGUUAGCAGCAUGGACUUGCACUGGCCUCGAGGCCAUACCCAGGUCCAAAAAUGCUGUCAUCAUGAGAGAGCGUUAAUCCUUGAAGCUGAGUCAGAUGGCAAAUACCUUCCACCCAUGGAUCUUCCCCUGAAUAUUGGUCUCACCUUGAGCUUCCCUUAAACAGCAUGGUUGGAGGCCAUUCCCAUCUCUGCGACCACUUGGCAUAAAGCCAGAAUAUGUUUCCAGUGCUGCAGUGAGAAUCAGGUAGUACAGCUUUCUGAAAACAAAAUCCUGGAAGCCUCUAUGCAGGUAGCAUAUCCUCUAACAAACCCUGAUGGCCUGGAGUAGAUCUGGUUAGCAUGAACAUUUUGUCACUAUUGGAGGAAAAAAAUGCUUUUCUCUGAGUGCUCAUGAAGGAGGAUUUUCCGAUGUGCCCUGAUGCUGCAAGCCCUUAUUGCUCUCAUCCAGUGUGGCUGAACUCAACAGUGACGAGACAAUGGAUCUGCCUGCUGAGGACUUCCAACAAGUCCUCUCCAUUGACCAGAUCUGCUCCAUCCGUGCCAGCAAUGACUAUGUGGAAAGACCCGCCAUCUCCUUCAAGCAAGCUCAGUCCAACCCAUCCCUCUCACAGCAGGCCCACAAGCAAGAGUGGUCUCAGGACUGCCUGGUGUCUUCCACCUUCCAGGACCUGCACCGCAGCCACAGCCACCACCACCAGAUGUCGGCCUUGCAGCAGCACCUGAGUCAUUCCAGCACUGCCAGCUCUGUGUCUCACAGCACCACCACCUCGGACCAGCGGCUAUUAAGUGGGGUCACACCCUCACAUUCUGCGCACUCCCUCAUCCGGACACAGCCCAGAGCAGGUGACCUGAAGCCUGAGGAACCACUGAAAGGUGUAGUGGAGAUGGCCACCCUCCACUCUGGACACCUCUUCAUCUGCGAGGAGUGUGGGCGUUGCAAGUGUGCCCGCUGCACAGCUGCCCGCAGCUUGCCCUCCUGCUGGGUCUGCAACCAGCGCUGCCUCUGCUCCCCAGAGAGUCUCAUCGACUAUGGGACUUGCCUGUGCUGUGUCAAGGGUGUCUUCUAUCACUGCUCCACUGACGAUGAGGACACCUGUGCCGAUGACCCCUGCUCCUGCAGCUCGGGGUCCUGCUGUGCCCGCUGGGCUGCUAUGAGCUUCCUCUCUCUCCUCAUGCCCUGCCUCUGCUGCUACUUCCCUACGCUGGGGUGCCUCAAACUUUGCCAGCAGGGCUACGAUAGUCUGAAACGUCCUGGCUGCCGCUGCCAGAACCACACCAACACAGUCUGCAGGAAGAUCUCCUCCUCCAGUGGCACGCCUUUCCCUAAGACUCUGGAUAAGCCGGUAUGACCUUCCCAGGGAGCGGAAUUGGCUAUUCUUCUCCUUCACCUCCCUCCGCUGCAUACCCACUUUGGGCACAAAGCAAACAGAUGAACAAUCUGCCAGCCACCAAGCCCCACAAAUGGAGUGUGAAGCACGUUCUUGAGACAAAGGAAUCGUGCUUUUGUGCCCAAGUCAAACGUGGCGGGGUUUGCACAUUUUGGCAAAGGACUAAGACAGAGGGAAUCAGAUGCUGACAAUGCACUAGUGAUCAACAGGGGGCUUUCAACAUGGGAACUGGCUCAGGACUCUGUGACCUCAGAAUGCCUUAGGAGCUGUUUUUCUGUGGUGGGUUUCAAAAGGGUGACGUGUCCAAGCACUAGAAUCCUCUGGGGACCAGACCACAGAACCCCCCCACGUCUCUUUCAUCCAUUUUCUGUCUGCAGCUUUCCUAAGUAGCACCUCUCACAGGCUUUUCCUCAAUUUUCUUUGCUGUUGUGCUAUAGGCCAGCCCCUGCAAAGGGAGAUGAGCCAUUGCAAUGUACCAACCAAUGGCAACACCUUACUCUCCUUAGCAGAUCAAGAGAUAAAGCUUUCAAUAAUUUCAAGGUAAAAAGGAAAAUAAGUGAGCCCAAAUAUCCAGUUUUUAGGGACUCACUGGUCAGUGGAAAUAGGAUAUGGAUAGAUUAAGGAUCAUGCUGGCAUGGAAAGGGUGUGAAAGGGUGAUGUGGACAGAAAGGAGUCCCAUUCCCACUUUUGUACAUCAGUGGGUCUUCAGCAAGCGGAAAUCACUGUAGUAAUUGGUAUUUCAAAGUAGAUUUGGCUAAGAACAUGAAGCAAGUUAAAUCCCAGGCUGAGGCGCAGGGGGACUAGAUACUCUGAGGGAGUGGUAAAGGUCUGCUUGCAGAGCCUUACAACAUGUAAGGUGUCACUGUGACUCUAGCCCAGGUUGGUGGUGACUGACAGGUGACACCAUCUGUUUAGUGGUGACUUGGUGGUUUCAGUCCAUCCAUUGGUGGUAAGCCUCUGCCACAAGUGAUACUCCUGUUGGCAGGCUCAGUGUAGAGGCCAAGAACUGGGUGGGCCAUGGAACCUGGCCUUCCUUCUUACCUCUGGAUGUCAGAGAGAGGUAUAUGAGUAGGGUAAUGUGUAGGAAGCUUGCCCUUCUGCCCUGCCCAGUAGAUCAACAGAGUCCUUCAGUCUCUGGGGCUGCCAAUCUGGUACCUUUCACCAGCACUGAAUUCACUUUAAUAAAAGAAAAGGAAAGUUGAAUCUUAAAAACAAUUAAGAACCCCAACUUCUCUCCUUGUGCUGAUGCUGUAAAAAUGAUCACAUCCUUGCCUGGCCCUGAAAAUGGUGCUUAGCUGAGGCUCCAGCUUUGGGCUGGUGGGGAAAGGGAGAUCUGUGUGUUAGAAAGCAGAAUGGGAUGGGAAAAGCAUGAAGCCCGCCUUCUCUCCCCAGCCAAAGUGCCUCAGCGUCCUCACUCAUCUCAACAUGUUAUAGAGAAAACUACACAAAAGCCUGAUGUUGACACAGGUGUUCUGAGACAGGAGACACCUUCUGCAAACUAGAGAUGGGUCUGAACCAAAUCCAGAGGUCUGGAAUCUUCAGACUAUGGGGAGGUUUGGAUCUGGGUGUUGGUUCAUGGUUAACACCUAUAAUAAGCCAAACCAAACCCCUGUAUCUGUAUGUUCCUGGUCCUUGAGGAAGUUCAGAUCCAGAUUGUAAUCUGAAAUUUCCAGCUCACUCAUCUCUGCUGUAAAAACAUGGUGCCAAACUCUCAGUUACAACCCCAAUGACUUCAAAAACUUGGCCUGUGGAAUGAAAGCCAGGUUGACCUUUCAGUGCUAUAUCCCACCAUCACAUCCGUCCUCCGAGGCACACGCACGCACGCGUGCGUGUGUGUGUG